AACAAAAAAUUGUAUUUUUAUGGGAUUUUAAUUUUCCACACAUAAAGAGUAUGUAUAUAUUAAUUAUAAAAAAAUUUAUAAUUAAUUAAUUAUAGACAUUAGACAUUAAUUUAUUAAUGUCAAAUAUACAUAUUAUUAUUUAAAAAAUUAUAUAAUUUUUUUUUAGAUAUAUAUUAUAAUUUUAUAUUAAUUCUUUCCUUUCUCCCCUUAGCCACUAAUGUUUGCUAGGCAUUCAACCCAUGAGUGAGCAAAAGAUGCUCAUUAAACUUAACUUUAUCACUCAUUAAAUGCUUAGGUUUCUUUGGUCAGUUUCAGCAAUGGACAUGUUUUGCACUGAUCUUUCUAGAAGAAAAUAUUUUUGAUAAACACAUUAGGGUCUUGGCGCACAUCAUCUACGAUCCUAUGCUAUGUUUAUUCCUACUCCUUUUACAGCAUCGUGUGGAUUAGAGAAAUUGGUAAGAUUUACUUGUGAACACUUCCUCGUUUGUAAUAUGUUGAAACACUGCCGGUUCCAAAUGCUCUUAAGGGUAGGAACUAAAAUGACCCAGUGACCCUAGCAACAUGCUGAACAAAAGUUAGUUGUUAGCUGCUGUGUUGAAAUCAGGAAUGGAAAAAGAAGGGGGGGGAUUGAAAAAAGGGAAAUGUAUGAAAGAUAUUUGUUUUGUCUCGAUGUUUUUGACACAAUUUUAAAUCCAUAUAUAAACUUAAAGAAAAUAAAAAAGUCUAGUAACGGAGCUAGCAGUUAUGACGUUAAGUGGUAACUUGUAUUGUGGAUGUUUCGCAUGACGUAACUAUAAAAGGUUAAGAAUGUAUUAAUUAAGUACAGUUUGCAAGUCACUAUGUUAUUUUAUAACACAUUUUAUUCCUUAUAUAUUCCAUGGGUUUAGGGCUAUUUCGAUAUAAAAGAUUUACUUUCCUGACUAAGAAUUACGUUGCAGUCUACACAGUAGAGACAGCUAAUUCGAGUGCAAAAGUUUGUACACCCUCAUGACAAAUUUGACGUUUUCACCGAGGCAUUUAGUGUGUAAGGUUUCACAUUUAAUUCCCAAUACCAUAUAUGCUCACUGUAACCUAGACCUGGAUCAGAUUGUUAGGGAAGAUGAAUAAAUUAGCAAAUGUAUUGAACCUGUGUGCCAAUUCCUGACGUUGCGAACUCCUUCAAACCUUGUCUUUAUCUUUUUCAGAUGCUCCUAAUUGAGUUAAUGACAGUUUUUCAUAACAUUCCUGUUCUUGCUUUGACAUAUUGCCUAUCAAAGUUUACCCAUCCUUUUUAAAAUACCUAUCAUAACUCACACAUCAUACACUGAAGUCUUUGUAUUAGAUCUUGAGCCCAAUGAGGUUAAUUGUAAGGGAUGCAAACUUCAGUAUAGAUAAUAUACGGAACUCUGCAAUGAUAAUACAUACAACUAUAGGGCAAAAAUAACUCAAUGCUAUGAUGUGUUUCUCCAUUUCUACUAGGCAGCAGUAUCAUUGCGACCUCCCCCACAGCUCAGUGCGAUGGGCCACUUAAGGGCCUCUUAAGGUGUGGCUCAGAGGCAGCGCAUCGUCAGGGGGGCCGUUAAAGGCCAUUGUCAGCGUGAAUGGUAAGGAAGGCAGCCGUAGGCCACCCGAUCAAGAUAUGUGGGGAGAGAGGGACGGUGGUCAUCAGCUGGGUGUCAAAGCUAUUAAAAGACCAUCACAGUGGUCAUAUCAGGAGUCUCCACUGUGGAGCAGUCAGACCAAGAUCAGGAGUCAUCUAACAAAAUCUUUAAAUGCUAAUAACUCAUUGUAUAUUAUUGUGCAACAGAACAACAUUUCAUCAUAUCAGACAUAUCCUGUUUGGGAAUAUAUUUAAGCGUCUAUACAUUUGAUUGAUCUGUUAUGAUGAUUCUCCAUGUUAUUUACUACCUCUUGAACUAAUCCGAUUAUUAUUUCAGCUAGUAAACGUGCAAAUGAUGCCGAGGUUUUUUUUCCCCCCGCAAAAUGAUACUUGACAUGAACAUCGUUAUCAAACUCUGUUAUAAACACCUGCUUUAUAGAUCAACUAGAUUAGACUUUUGACACCUUGAUAUCAAUAGCAUGCAUCAACAAGAUGCAGCAACUUCUUUCACAUGAGUGCAAUUUCAACAUUUCCUGUUCUGUUGAGACUUUCUGAUUGCAUCAAAAUAUGUUAACAAAAAUAAACGUUUUUCCCCCCGUGAAUUACCUAACCAUGUUCAAUUUAAAGUAACAAGUUAACACUACAUUCAGCGUAGAUGUUGAGUAAAAGCUGGCUUCUGAGUUUCAUUAUGUGUUUGGGUGGUGCCUCCUUCAACACAUUGCUGUAAUGUCCUCUGAGUAUGCUAAAAUAAUUAGAAACAGUUGUCAUCAUGUUGUAUCAUUCCAUUACUGUUAUGUUAUUGUGAAACCUUUGUGAUGUGGUUGACUAGAAAACUCUAUUCUCUUUUCAAAGACAGUUUAAAAGAAGUUGAGAUCUGAGGAGGGGAAAAAUAAAAAGCCAUCUGGGUGCUUUGGAGGUCUAAUCCUCAGUCACCCCCUUGCUGGAGCCCUGGGUGCUUCUUGCUCUUGCUGACGGUCUUCUUGAAGCUCCACUCGCUCCACUUUCUCCUCUGCUGUCUGCACUUUGCAUGACAAUCCACCUCCCAAGUCCAUGGGCCACUACAAUGCCUGCAGCAGUGGUUUGAUGUCAUUUAAAUCUUUGACUGUCCCUGGGAGGCCUCCUGGGUGCUCUUUCCACAGCUUUCCAAGUGGGAGACAUGGAAGCUUUACUUGUGGCCUAUAGUUCUUGGUUUGCUGAAGGUUGUUUGAAGGCAGGGGGUGGAUUGUUUGAGGUCUAGAAACUGGCAGUGGUGGUGGUGGGGAUAAAUGACUUGACCUGGCUGCGUGGUGGAAAUACAAAAUAUAUUCAAGGCACCCUUAGAGAGUACCUGUGCGUGCAAAAGUUUUGGCACCCCCUUCUUCUGGGAGAUCCUUUUCAAUUGUGCUUAAUUGUGAAAUCUGUUUGUUUCGGGUCGAGGGAGGGAUGGAUGGAGAGGAGAGGGGAGGGGAGGAUCGAAAUCAAAGGCUAGCGGCUUUAUUGUUGGCGCUGAAAAGCAGCUAAUGGCCGCCCAUCGCAGAUCUGUACCAUGAAUCGGCGGGGCGCCCCGGGUUUUAGGCAUCAACCCCCUCACCACUGCACCCCCCUCAACGACCCCGCGGCGCGGCUUCCUGCCCCUCUGCCCCAUUCUCUCUCUCUCUCUCUCUCUCUUACACACACACGCACGCACACUCACUCACUCACACUCUCUCUCUCUCUCUCUCUCUCUCUGCUGCCGACCUUCACAUAUGUGCAUUAAAUAUACUAAAAAUAUCCGAAUAUUAUUAUUAUAUUAUUAUAAGGAGUUGAACAAAGCAUAAAGGUCCCCCCCCUUAAUUUAUUGGAUGCAAAACUUCACUCGAUGUCUCACUCAACUCUUAUUGAUUUGAAGUGCUGGGUUUCUAGAAUAAUCUCAAUGGCUAACAAGGUGAUUUGGUGUGUUUUAGUGUGAGACCCCACACUUCAGCUCCCGCCUCUCUAUCAGUCCGAACUGAACUAUCAAAGACAAACAUUUCACCUUUUUAUUUAUUGUCGUCUUUCACAGUCCCGUAAACGACACAGACACACCAUUUAUACACAACUAUUUGUUUUGAGAUGUGAUUAAAAUAGUCAGUGAACUUCACAGAACAUCGCAGGAUUUUAUAGAUGGUUAAAACGUUUAGGAAUUUUUAUGUAAAUAUCUGAAAACGACAAACAAGGAGCUGAAUGCCGACACAGCAAAACACAACACAUUUUGCAUAUUUUAUUUAAUUUCUUUGCGUAUGCAUCAUGAAUUUUAUUGUGUAUGCAUGAUGUGUGUUAAAAUUGCUAACAGUUAUUUGGCUAUUAGUAACUAGAUAGGAAAAUAGGUUUAUGAGUUAAAAGUCGGAAAUCACGUGUUUUUAACCUAAAAAUAAAAAACCUUAAAAACAAUCAUGCAAAUGUUUUUAAAAUAAAUAAAAAAAUGUUGGUUAUACCAACAAUUAUACAAAUUAUGUUCAGUAUUUAUAUUGCCCCAUCUGAUUUCAUACAAUUUCCCUUUUAAGGUAAAAACAUUGAUUUUUAUAGGUCAAUUAUUUAAGGUCACUUUGUGAAGUCCUAAAAAUCCUGGCCUCAAAACCAGACAAUGUUUUAAUUUUUAUGAGCAUCACUUUAACCUCUCCUUUUCCAAUGGAUGUAAAAUUUCAAUAUGAAGGACAGCUAAUUACGAGGAAAUUAUUGAAACAAAGUCAUGUGUCGUGCAUGUUAAACACGUGAACUAGUUUGCAUUAGAAAUACAGUGCAUGGAGGUGGAUUACUGCAACACGAACACAGAGGUCAUAGUUUAGUCCACCCUCUGAAUGAAUCUCAUUUAUUCUACAUGGGGAAAAAUAAUUCUUUUCAAAAAUCUUAAUACAUGUCCCAUUUAAUCAUACCAUAAUGUACAUCAACAACAGGUUAGGAAAAAAUUGUCUCGUGCAUCCUACAUGUGUCCAAUGAGGAGGCAUUUGGGUUUCGUUCACAGAAAUCAAGUUCAUUCACAAAUACCCCAUCAGCUGAGCCCUAUUGUGUGUGGUGACCAAUGGGAGGUGAGAUCAUUAACACUCCUGCCUCCAGCAUGGACUGAUUAGGAAAACCUGGGAGCAGGCAACAGUCCACACUCGGAAGUUUGACCUUUUGAAGGAGGGUGCUCGUGAGAUGCAGGAGGAAUUUAAUUGAUGGCAUUAAACGAGGGCUGCUCACAUUUUCACUCAGUCUAAAACUCCACUGAAUCCAACCUCAACUCCUGAGGCAUCUCUAAACAUUACCCAGAGCAGGGCAAAUUGUGAGGGCAUUUCUUUUAUUUUUAAACUCGUAUUAUUAGCAUGGGCCUGCGUAACACUGCUACUUAAGAGCAGUUCUCCGGGGACGUUUGUUUUCUUCGUUGUGGUGGGAUUGUUUGAUUUAGGAGGAUGUCUGAUCGCCCAGAGAGUCCUCCAGAAGACUGCAGUAACCGGGCAUACGAGCUCUCCAGGCCCAUGUCCUCGUACUCUUCAGCGCCGGGACAUGAAGGCCUGCAGUUUACGCAUAGCAUGCUCCAAGAUCCGGGCCUGCUCUUCAACAAGCCGCCCUUUAACGGCCUCAAUGCCGCUCACGCGCAGACGUUUUUCUCUUUCCCACCGGUCGGAGGAGAUUUCAGGCACAACGACGCGCAGGUGGGAGAUUUCACUCAGCCCAAACACUGGUAUCCGUUUGCGGCCCCUGAGUACACGGGGCAGGUGGCGGGGGCCACUGCGGCCACACAGCCCGCUAACCUGAGCCCUCCUAUCGCUGAGACUCGGGAGCAAAUCAAGAUGCCUGAGGUUAAGACCGAGAAGGACGGGAGUGAAGAGUACGGCGGCGCUGAGACCAAGCAGUUUCUCGGACCGGCGACCUCCGUGCCCGCCGGCGUGUAUUAUCCUACUUCUGCCCCAUGGACUCCGUCUUUUUGGCCUGGUCUCUCUCACAUCGCAGCUCCGACCACUGUGGCGCAAGCCCCACCGACCCCGUCUACAUCCUCUCCUUCUUUGUCACCGUCUCCGCCCGGGAACGGCUUCGGCAGUCCGGGCUUUUACAGCGGAGCCGCCGCGCAGGUCACCGCCGCCACCCAGGUGCAGACCAGCGCCCGCAGCAGCGGCUCCUCCAGCGGCGGCUGCAGCGACUCCGAGGAAGAGGAGAAUUUGACCACGGAGGAUCUAGAGCAGUUUGCAAAGGAGCUGAAGCACAAGCGCAUCACCCUCGGCUUUACACAAGCAGACGUCGGGCUUGCGCUUGGGAAUCUCUAUGGGAAGAUGUUCAGUCAGACAACCAUCUGUCGCUUCGAAGCUCUUCAGCUCAGCUUUAAGAACAUGUGCAAGCUCAAACCCCUGCUCCAGAAAUGGCUGAACGAGGCAGAAACUUCAGAAAACCCCCAAGAUAUGUACAAAGUUGAACGGGUUUUUGUCGACACAAGAAAAAGAAAAAGGAGGACCAGCUUGGAGGGUUCGGUCCGUACUGCCCUCGAGUCAUACUUUCUCAAGUGUCCCAAACCCAACACUCUGGAAAUAACCCACAUAUCCGAUGAUCUCGGCUUAGAGAGAGACGUGGUGCGCGUGUGGUUCUGUAACCGUAGACAAAAAGGCAAGCGGCUGGCUCUGCCCUUCGACGAGGAUGGCGCCGAGGGUCAGUAUUACGAUCAAAGCCCGACACCACCACCGCAUAUGGGUGGCACAGCCCACUCUGGUCAGGGUUACCCGGGAGCCGGUCAUCCCGGUGGCGUGCCGACACUGUACAUGCCACCUCUUCAUCGACCGGAUGUCUUCAAACAGGCCCUGCAUCCCGGACUAGUGGGUCAUCUCUCUAGCUAAGCUGACUAUCUUAGCCUUUGCUUCCCCUCUUCUCAACAUUAGGGCAUGAGGCAGUACCACAACAAGGGGAGGUUGAAUAUUGUCCAAUUGCUCCAGGCGAAAUAAUAGACUUUUUUUUUCUCCCUCUUUGAAACAAUGCUUGCUUUUGUUUCUAAUGCAACAUCCUUGAAAUCUGAGCCAUUCUGGUUCAGAAACGAACGCUGUUUGGCGGCAUGUAAUGUACUCGAGAUCAGGUCAGAGGGGUUUGAAAUGAAAAACUACUUGGUCGUCAAAUGCAUUUGCACAAGUCAUGGCUUUGUAUUGAAACAUGAUUUUUUUAUAGAGAAGUUUGUUUUAAAUGUGCACCCCCUCUUCCCCUGUCCUCUUCCCUUUUUAAAAAGAAUUCAUUUGAUCUGUAUAUAUUCAUCCCUUUUUAUAUUUUUUUAGAUGAACUUUUUUAACCUUUUUUGUUUUUGAGAUUGAUUUGGAUAAGAAUAAGCCAAGGCAUUCGUCAUAAGGUUUUGAUUUGUAUUAUUCUGGAUCCUGUUGAUCUUAAAUAUAUGGAUAAGUAUUGUAAAAACACAAAUUUUUGGCCUUUUGAAAGAGCAUUAAACAUUGUUUCCUCAAGGCUGGAUGUGAUAAAAAACCUGCACGAGCUGAACAGUUUGUUUUUUUUGAAUGUUCUAUUGACUUAUGUGCCUUAUUUGCGUCUCACAUCUGGAAUACUCUUGUGUACAAUCCUGUAAAUGAUGUGAAAUUUGAUAAUUUAUUGACACGUUGGCAGCGACGGCUUCCCUGAAAAUCGACAUACAUUUUCCUCACUUAGAGCGGUAGCAAUUAAAACCGAUUCCUUUGACGCUUCAAGUCUCGUGUUGUCUCUUGCUGUAGAAUAUCAAUUCAUGAUCUGCAACCCUUUUUAUUUUUGUAAAUGGGCACAGUUUUAAGGAAGUGGGUGGCGUCGUCUGACUUGGCGAAGGCUG